CGCUUUUCUCCAGGACAUUUGCAGCGUGAGGAAAGGAGCAUGAUGCUCAGUCCUAACCAGCCCGAGCUGCUCUGGGAACAAACGGACACAGAGACCCUCCUGGACGAUGUUCAGUGUGGGGCCUCGGACGGAGAUGGCAAGGCGCAUUCCGCGCACGUGCCCAUCCUCAGCAGGGAGGAGAAGAGGCGGAGGAGGCGCGCUACAGCUAAGUAUCGAUCCGCGCACGCUACCAGGGAACGCAUCCGCGUAGUGGCCUUCAACGUGGCAUUUACAGAGCUGAGAAAACUGCUCCCAACGAUCCCACCGGACAAAAAGUUAUCCAAGAUAGAGAUCCUACGACUCGCAAUUUGUUACAUCUCCUACCUCAACCACGUGCUGGAUGUUUAGGCUGUAACGUGCGGCUCACCUGGAGGAAGCACUGAGGCAGGAUGUUUGUAACCAGCCACGACAGCUGAAUGAUUUCCGGAAGCAACGACAACGGAUAUUGAUAAAAACUUUGACGAAAUACCCCGUGUGUGGGUGGGUUAUAUUAAACUAAUGGAGUUGCCCCAAACACUACAGACAAACUGUAGCCUACUGUGCAUCAUCGCAUUGUUAUGGGAAUAUAACAUUGACUUUUGACCAAGAGCUGCGGGACUGCCGUAAGCUUUGAUUUCAUCAAAAGGAUGGAAAGAAUAUAAAUGUUUCUGAGAGCUGCUGUGUGAUAUUUGUGUAGCCAAACUACUACUAACACUACAAUGCUUGACCUUAUAUGCCUUGUCUUUAGUCUGGCCUCUCUGUUGUGACUUUGAUUCCUGUUUGCACCUAUUUGUUAAUAUAUUCAUU